AUGAGCAAUACUGCCAUUCCAGGCCAGCGGCUGGCCAUUGCGGAUGGUAAGCUGCAGGCUGGCAGCGGAUGCUAUGUUCGCGAUGGCUCAAUUUUUGCGUCGAUUUUUGGCAAUUGGUGCAUAUCGCAGGAGGUUGUGGAGGUUACGCGGAUCAACAAGACGAUAGCGUCAGCACAAGUGCUUCGCCUCGGCGACAUUGUCAUUUGCCGGGUGGUAAGAAUAACGACGCGACAAGUAAUGGUUGACAUUAUUUGUGCAAGCGAGACGGUUUUGAGGGAAUCCUUUCCUGGCACGAUUAGAUUAGAAGAUGUGCGGACCCACGAUACUGACAAGCUAGUGAUGGAGGAGAUUUUCUCUCCUGGCAUACUCGUGAAGGCUGCGGUGCUGUCUUUCGGGGACACGCGAUCUUACUUCCUUUCGACCGCCAAGCCAGGACUCGGUGUUGUUCGUCACUUUAUGGAGAAGACAAUCGAUUUGAACAAGGAAUAUGUUGCAGAAUAG